AUGGCGGACGGCGAGGACAUCCAGCCCCUGGUGUGCGACAACGGCACGGGCAUGGUGAAGGCCGGGUUCGCCGGCGACGACGCGCCCCGGGCCGUGUUCCCCAGCAUCGUGGGGCGGCCACGGCACACGGGCGUGAUGGUGGGCAUGGGGCAGAAGGACGCGUACGUCGGGGACGAGGCGCAGUCCAAGCGUGGUAUCCUCACCCUCAAGUACCCCAUCGAGCACGGCAUCGUCUCCAACUGGGACGACAUGGAGAAGAUCUGGCAUCACACCUUCUACAACGAGCUCCGCGUGGCGCCGGAGGAGCACCCCGUUCUGCUGACGGAGGCGCCGCUCAACCCCAAGGCCAACAGGGAGAAGAUGACCCAGAUCAUGUUCGAGACCUUCAACACCCCCGCCAUGUACGUGGCCAUCCAGGCCGUGCUCUCCCUCUACGCGUCCGGACGCACCACCGGCAUCGUGCUCGACUCCGGUGACGGUGUGAGCCACACCGUGCCCAUCUACGAGGGGUACGCGCUGCCCCACGCCAUCCUCCGUCUCGACCUCGCCGGGCGCGACCUCACCGACUACCUCAUGAAGAUCCUCACCGAGCGCGGCUACUCCUUCACCACCAGCGCGGAGCGCGAAAUCGUGCGCGACAUGAAGGAGAAGCUCUCCUACAUCGCCCUCGACUACGACCAGGAGAUGGAGACCUCCAACACCAGCUCCACCGUCGAGAAGUCCUACGAGCUGCCCGACGGACAGGUCAUCACCAUCGGCGCCGAGCGCUUCCGCUGCCCCGAGGUGCUCUUCCAGCCGUCCUUCAUCGGGAUGGAAGCUGCGGGCAUCCACGAGACCACCUACAACUCCAUCAUGAAGUGCGAUGUCGACAUCAGGAAGGACCUCUACGGCAACAUCGUCCUCUCCGGAGGCACCACCAUGUUCACCGGCAUCGCCGACAGGAUGAGCAAGGAGAUCACCGCCCUCGCACCCAGCAGCAUGAAGAUCAAGGUCGUCGCGCCGCCAGAGAGGAAGUACAGUGUCUGGAUCGGUGGCUCCAUCCUCGCAUCACUCAGCACCUUCCAGCAGAUGUGGAUCGCCAAGGCCGAGUACGACGAAUCUGGACCAUCCAUCGUCCACCGGAAGUGCUUCUAGAUACGCAUACUACGUCCUUCCUUCAUCAUCGCCAAACAAACUAAAGCGCGCGAACCCGGAGUACCUAAUGGUCGCGCGCCCGCUCGGUCAAUCGAUCGAUCACGGCCUCGUCGGAUCGAUAAUGAUCCUCUUUUUUUGGUUUCCCUUUCUAUUUUUUCUUCUUCGGGAAUCUACAUAUUUUU